AGAGAACAUUUCGUUCGAUCAGAAAACAAAGAAGAAGAAACAGCAGCAAGAACAGAAGAGCCUAGCCUUUCUAUUAAGUUUUCUCCCUUCCUCCUUCUCUGAGAAAAAUCUUGUUUCUCUGUGAAAUUUCUGUUGUUUCUGUGUUUUGAUUAGUGAAAUUAUAGAUGAAUCACAAUGAGAGGUUGUAAUUGAAAGAAUAAGUUGUUGUUCAUCUUAUAAUUGAGUUGAGAGAUUCAUUAUCAGAGAAGAUUUAUGAAUAAAAGUGUUGAAAUCUGAUCUUUGAUUGGUAAGAUUUGAUUUGGUUUUUGGUGUUUUGAUUUGUGGAUUUUGAGAGUAGAGAUUGAAGAAGAAUCAGAGGUUUUGAUUAUUGAGAUACAUUAUCAGCAGUUGUGAAAGAGGAAUUGUUAGUAUUUGUUUCUGAGGAAAUAAGAGAUCUUUAUUGAGAAACAGAUCGAAUUAUUGUUUUGAAAGAAGAAUUGUGAAGAUCAGAAUCACAGUGUAAGCGUGUGAAUCUCCCUUUUAUAAAGCAAAGAUGGAAAUUGGAGAAGUAGUUAAGAAUACAAAUCGAAACAACAACAGCAGUUUAUACAACAACAACAGCAACCACAGAUCUUCACCAUUCAGACAACAACAACAACACUCGACUGAGGCACCAACGACAUCAUCCAGUCCUGUAUUUGAAUUACAAUGGGGAAAUCGUAAAAGACUUCGUUGCUCAUCAAAACCACACAACAAAAUUACUACCGCUGCACCGGAUUCUACUGUGGAAAGAACUUCUUCGCUCAGAGCUGAUAGGCGCCUUGUUAGAGCCGACAGAGAUAGUAAUUUCAGAAGACCUUUUUCUCCUCCUCGGCCUCAUCCUCCUUCUACAUCUUCUCAUCGUAUUCUCAGGAACUCUGAAACUUCAACUGCUGCUGCUGCCAUGAAAGGAGGGCAUCAUCAUCAUCAUCAUCAUCAGAACGGUGUUUCUGCUGCUGUUUCUCCUGAAAGAGGUGGUGAAGAAGUCAAGGUUCAUCAUCAUCAUCAUCAUCAAGAUAAGAAAGGAAAUCGUCAUCAUGAUCAUCACCACAGCAACAACAACAACCAUCAUCAUUAUACAAACGGUGUGUCUGGAUCAUCAGAAACAGCUGAUGAGAAUCAUAACAAGAAAGUAAACGGUGGUGGUGGUGGUGGGUCGUCUUCAGGUGGAAGUGGUGAUCAGAUGAUGAAUAUACCACCUGUAUGGCCACCAAAAUUUGUGAUUGCAUUAACAAAUAAAGAGAAGGAAGAAGAUUUCAUGGCGAUUAAAGGCUCUAAACUUCCUCAAAGACCUAAAAAACGUGCUAAGUUCGUUCAACGCACCCUCAAUCUUGUGAGUCCUGGUACCUGGUUAUGUGAUUUAACCUUGGAAAGAUAUGAAGUUAGAGAGAAGAAAACAACCAAGAAGAGACCAAGAGGAUUGAAAGCAAUGGGAAACAUGGAAAGUGACUCCGAAUAGUGAACGAGGCUGCAAUAAAAUUUUCAUUUUAUAUUUCCUAUAUAGUUGAAGAAAAAAAAAAGUAUAAACUGAAAUCUAAGCCUUUGGAUUAUGAUUUUUGAAGUGUUUUUUUUUUUUUUUUUGCUUGUUAUUCUCUUUUUACUGAUCCAUUUUAACUUGAGAAAAAGAGUAAAGAAAAAGAGAGAAAGGGUGGGUGUAAUGUCUUCAAACAACAAACUAAAUAUGUUGUUUUUUUGACGAAAAGAGAGAGCAUAGAGAUAAGGAAGGAAUAUGUAAUGCGGUUCCUUUGUUCGUAGUGAUAGGUUUUAUCAUAUCCUCUUUGUUCACAUCAUCCUUUUUCAUUAAUGUAUCCCAAAAAUUUUCCUGUUUCUUUUUUA